AUGUACGAGUUGCAUCCAGACUGGGCCCCCACUUUAAACUUGGGUUACGAUGAGAUGCAGCCGACUGAUUCUCCAAGCGUUUCUGAUAACAAACAAAAAGAGACUGCAGAGGGAACAGCUUCAGAACAGGCCAAAGAGAACACAGCAACUGACGCAGCACCAGUGGAAACCACAGAGAGGCUACAGCCCAUAGAAUCAGCAUCCAAGACAGACGAGAUGCAGAAGACGGAGUGUGAAGCCUGCAAGCGCAGCCACGCUGAAAUUAAGCGGCUGUUUGAAGAGAACAAGGCACUGAGGUGUGAGCUUAAUAAGCGCAAGAUGAGCGAACAAUUCUUCACAGAUGAAGAAAAAGUCAGCUAUUACACAGGACUUCCUAGCCUUGCUGUUUUAAUAGCUUUGUUAAAUCACAUAAAAGUCCACCUUCCCAAGACAAGCCAGAUAUUGUCCCCCUUUCAGGUACUUGUGAUAACGCUGAUACGUCUGAGGCUGGAUCUCCCAGUUCAACACAUAGCGCACCUCUUUGAUGUAGACCAACAAACUGUCUCCAGAAUAUUUAAAGAUACAAUACAAGUGUUGCAUGGAUGCAUCAGUCACUUAGUGCACUGGCCAGAGAGACACUGCUUGUUUGCUACAAUACCUCAUCAUUUCAUCCAGGCUUUUGGACAUCGUGUUGCCAUUAUUUUAAACUGUUUUGAAAUGGCGAUUGAUAAACCGUCCAGUCCGAAAGCAGGAGCGCAGACGUUUUCACCACACAAAAACAAUCAUACCAUGAAAUUUCUUACAGGAAUCACACCUCAGGGAGCUAUUUCAUUUCUUUCCAAAGGAUAUGAAGGCUCGGUCAGCGAUAGGUAUAUAACCGAGAACAGCGGACUUCUAGACAGACUAUCACCUGGAGAUUUGGUUCUGUCUGAUCGAGGGUUCAGUAUUAAGGAUGAUAUGGGGGUCAUAUGUGCAGAGGUGAAAAUUUCUACGUUCUCAAAAGGAUCUGUGUUGGAGGACAAAGAUGUUGAAAAAACACAAGACCUAGCUCAGCUUAAAAUGCAUUUAGAGAAAGUGGUGGGUAACAUACAUAACAAGUUCACCAUGUUACACAAUACAGUACCCAUUAAUAUGAUUCUUCCUUGUGAGGGGGAAGAGAUGACCUUUCUGGACAAGAUUGUCUCUGUGUGCUGUGCAUUGACAAAUUUGUGUCCCAGUGUGGUGCCACAGACGAACAGUAUAACAGUAACAGUGUGAAUCCAAUUUAGUCAGGUAGGGGAUUUUCCCCCCCAUUUUAUUUUCAUCAACUUCUUAUUCUGGCCAUGGUCGGGGCGGGUCUGGUUCCACCUUGAAACAGAAUAGCUGUUAAACUGUAAAUGGCAGUUCAUCCUUAAGCCCCCGGACCACCCUGUUUAAAAAAAAAUGUCACAUGGAUGUCAACGUACAAUCCUUAUUCCA